GCAGGCCCUGCCCGCCCCUUCCGUCCCCACCCUCCUCCGCCCCUUCCUCUCCCCCCGGCCUCUCCCCUGCUGCGCCCCCGCGCCGGGCGCCCACCCCGUGGUCCUCCGGCGGGAGCGCUCUCGGCGGCGGUGGCCGGAGCGGGCCGGGCCGGGCCGGGGGAUGGCGCUGCUGGACCUGGCCCUGGAGGGAAUGGCCGUCUUCGGGCUCAUCCUCUUCUUGGUGCUGUGGCUGAUGCACUUCAUGGCCAUCGUCUACACUCGGCUACACCUCAACAAGAAGGCAACAGACAAACAGCCAUAUAGCAAGCUCCCAGGAGUGUCUCUUCUGAAACCUCUGAAAGGAGUGGAUCCUAAUCUGAUCAACAACUUGGAAACAUUCUUUGAAUUGGAUUACCCCAAAUAUGAAGUACUCCUUUGUGUACAAGAUCAUGACGAUCCAGCCAUUGAUGUGUGUAAGAAGCUUCUGGGAAAAUAUCCAAAUGUUGAUGCUAGGUUGUUUAUAGGUGGCAAAAAAGUUGGCAUUAAUCCUAAAAUUAAUAAUUUAAUGCCUGGAUAUGAAGUUGCGAAGUAUGAUCUUAUAUGGAUUUGUGAUAGUGGAAUAAGAGUAAUUCCAGACACUCUCACUGACAUGGUUAACCAGAUGACAGAAAAAGUAGGGUUGGUACAUGGGCUGCCUUAUGUGGCUGACAGACAGGGCUUUGCUGCCACGUUAGAACAGGUGUACUUUGGAACUUCCCAUCCAAGGUCCUACAUCUCUGCCAAUGUAACGGGUUUCAAGUGUGUGACAGGAAUGUCUUGUUUAAUGAGAAAGGACGUAUUAGAUCAGGCAGGAGGGCUGAUCGCGUUUGCUCAGUACAUCGCUGAAGAUUACUUUAUGGCUAAAGCAAUAGCUGAUCGAGGUUGGAGGUUUGCAAUGUCCACUCAAGUUGCCAUGCAAAACUCUGGCUCCUAUUCAAUUUCUCAGUUUCAGUCCAGAAUGAUCAGGUGGACCAAAUUGCGAAUAAACAUGCUUCCUGCUACAAUCAUUUGUGAGCCAAUUUCAGAAUGCUUUGUUGCCAGCCUAAUAAUUGGUUGGGCGGCCCACCAUGUAUUCAGAUGGGAUAUUAUGGUAUUUUUCAUGUGUCAUUGCCUGGCAUGGUUUAUAUUUGACUACAUUCAACUCAGGGGUGUCCAGGGUGGCACGCUGUGUUUUUCAAAACUUGAUUAUGCAGUAGCUUGGUUCAUCCGGGAAUCCAUGACAAUAUAUAUUUUCUUGUCGGCAUUAUGGGACCCUACGAUUAGCUGGAGAACUGGUCGCUACAGGUUACGCUGUGGAGGCACAGCCGAGGAAAUCCUCGACGUAUAACGACAGCUUUGUGACUGUACAUAGAGGAAGAAAAGAGAAGUAUUAUAAAUUAUGUUUAUAGAAAUGCUUUUAAAAGAUCUACCUUCAGUAGUUUUAUCAUAUGUAUGUUUUUGGUAUCUUGUUCUUUAAUUUAUUUUGCAUGGCACUUGCGUCUGUGGAAAAACAAAACAAAACACAUCGGUAGUCUUGGCCAAAAGGUACACUUUAAUUUUGUGGAAGUAGAGAAUCAAGAGACUUGGUUCUAGGAACCUGGGUUUGGGUUUUGUUUAUUUUUUAAAAUUCAAUACAGGUAGUAUAUAUAUAUAAAUGCUCUGCAACAAGCCCUCUGACAGUAUCCUUCAGUCGAGAAAGUUUCUUACUUGUUGAUGAUACAACAUUUAAGGGAUGAUGGCAGCUUGGUUCAAAGGUUCGGAAAUAGCUAGAAGGUAAUCACUUAGUGCAUCUAAAUGGAACUGAACAGCUGCAUUCGAGGUACUAACUGAGAAACUUUUUCAUGCUUUAUGCCUACCUCUUGUAGUUGUUGCAGAGCAAAUAAAAACUGUAAUAAGGUAGCUAGGCCUUGCAAAAACAAAUGGAAAAAACUUUAAUAAAAAGAGCUGGAGUCUAGUAUUUAUAUGAAUCUGUGAGGAGAUGUUUUUGGUCUCACUGCAAUGAACCAAAAGUGGCUGAGUUUGGUUUUCAAUUGUAGCCACGUACUGAAGGCAUCUUUGUGACCAACUCUUGUUGGUUCUGUCUUGAACCAUUGUUAAUCAAUCACUGUGCUGGUAAACCUUUCCUUCCCUGCUCUCUUCUCUCCUGACCCACCCCAUCUUCCCUUAUCUUUUUGGGGGUGGGGGGUGGUUUUAUUUCUGCGUGAGUGAAUGUUUUGAUAGUUGUGAGGGAAAAAAAUGCAUUUCAGACACAUUUCACACAUUGAGCUAUUUUCUUACACAGUAUGUCUUCUUGUUAAAAAAAAAGAAUGUACUUUCAUGAUACAGGUAUUUAAUAUCUUUUUAAAGUAAAUAUUCUAGCCAUCAAUAAAUAAAUUGCAGUUAGAAUAUUAAGCGGGGGGGGGGGCGGGGGGAGGACAGGAUAAGUUUGACCCUUAAACUGAAUCAGUAUCGAACUAAGUCAUCAAACUAAGUCUACUGUGUGUGUGUGUGUGUGUGUGUGCGCUUUUGUUUUUACUAUUACAGUUAGUCUAGCCCUAUUUAAAUUGGAUUUUUGUAUUCCACUUUGUAUGACAAUAGACUGCAGUGCUAGUCGUAAGUGCAUGCUGAAUUUCACUCUCUCCUACCCCUCAUGCGCCAAACUUGCUUGUCAGGUUGUGCUUAACUUGUGGUGAACUGGACUGUUUUUGUUUUUGUUUGUUUGUUUGUUUGUUUUAAUAGGCAAACAUGUAAGAGACAGUGCAUAAGCCACUUCUCCCCGCCCCUUUUAUUUUAUUUUUCUGGUUCUUCCUUUUUCUUGUAGUGGAGUUUUUGCUUUCCUCCAGGGUUGGAUGGCAUGUUGUCCAUAUGAAUGCCUGCUACAAGGCUGACCUGGCAAUAUGGCAGCUUUAAAUUCCAGGUGAUGCCAGUUUUUACGUCAAAGCAUAAUGAAUAGCAUAUUAGCAAUAACAGAUCUAUAGAAAAUGAACACGUUUUCACUUCACUGAGCCAAUUCACUUCAUUGUUAGAUGACUUCUCUACAUGGUUUAAAUGGCAGUAUAUCCAAGAAUAUUUAUAUACUUUGUAUAUGCAUAUUUUGAGACUUUUCUCUGGGCCAAACUGCUUUGUUUUUAAUUUUUUGAUUCUUUUUUUUUUUUUUUGCCUGAUGAUAAGUUAAUUUGAAGGGCAUUUUCUUCGUGAACAAAGACUUUGAUGCAUAUUCCUGUGUAUGUGAAAUGGGUAAUAUUUUCCCCAAGGAAAGUUGCACAGUGAAAACCAGUCUAGUUGUGACCCACUCUUUUAUUUAUUGUUAAAUCACUAUUACUCAGUUGAAUUUUGCCGACCUUGUUUGUAAUUUUGUUGGUUUGUUUAAUGAAGUUUGGUUGAUGCCAUCCUUUGUACUGCUGAAGUGAGGCCUUCCUUCUUAUUAGCGCUUUGCUGGUCUCAAUGUGGGCAGUGUAACAGCAAAACCAAAAUGGCAGGACAGACUUCUUGUAUUUUGUAAAUAGAAAAUAUGACUGUUCGGUACAUGUGUUUUAUGUGGGAGUGUGGAAUAUUUCCGUCAAGUGAUGCCUCAUUUAAGCAGUCAGAAUGAACCUUUGUUUAGCAAGUUUAAGUGAUAAACUAGAAAUAAUAUACAUGUUGAAGAAAGCAUCACAACAGAACUGUAGGAGUCCAAAUUUAAUAAACUGUCUAUAGAAAAAAAGGUCUAGAUUAUGCCAUGUUUUUAUUAUUUAAAAUCAUUGUCUUAAGUUUUUGUUGAAAAAAAAUAAAAGUUUGAAUACAAUCAAAAUAUG